AAAAGACAUCAAUUCCAACAUCCCAAGACUACGAUGUUGAAAAAUCCACAGGUGGUAAUGGCCUCACAUACAUGGACACCAUCCCUGAUGAAUCCCAAAUCCUUGCCAUCCAAGAAGGUUACCGUUUGAAGAAACAUUUAAAAGCUCGUCAUGUCAGUAUGAUUGCCAUUGGUGGUGCCCUGGGUACUGGGUUGUUAAUUGGUUCAGGUUCUGCAUUGAGUGCUUCGGGUCCUGCUCCGUUGUUUAUUGGGUAUAGUUUUAUUGGGUUUUUGGUUUAUAUCGUGAUGUGCUGUCUUGGUGAAUUGGCUACUUAUAUCCCACUACCUGAUGGGUUCUCGGGUUAUGCUUCAAGAUACUGUGAUCCUGCUUUGGGGUUUGCCGUUGGGUAUUGUUAUUUGUUUAAGUAUUUGAUUGUUACUCCAAACCAAAUCACUGCUGGUGCGAUGGUGUUGCAGUAUUGGAUCAGUAGAGAUCGGGUUAAUCCUGGUGUUUGGAUCACGAUCUUCAUUAUAAUUAUCGUUUUGAUUAAUAUCUUUGGUGUGAAGAUUUUCGGUGAGUUUGAAUUUUGGCUGUCUUCAUUAAAAGUUAUCAUUGUUGUUGCAUUAAUCAUUUUGUUGUUUAUCAUCAUGCUUGGUGGUGGUCCAACUCAUGAUCGUUUAGGUUUUAGAUUUUGGAACGAACCAGGUGCUUUCAAACCGUUUGCUGGGAUUGCUAAUGAAUCCAAGGGUAAAUUUGUUUCUUUUGUUAAUGUUAUCGUUGUCUCAGUGUUUGCAUUCUCAGGUACCGAAUUGGUUGGUAUAACUGUUGCUGAAGCUGAAAAUCCAAGAAGAAAUGUUCCAAAGGCUAUCAAGUUGACAUUUUAUCGUAUUGUUUUGUUUUAUAUUUGUUCAGUCUUGUUGUUGGGAAUGUGUGUCCCAUAUAAUGAUCCAUUAUUAAUCAGUGCUUCAAAGGCUAAAACUUCAGCUAAUGCAUCACCAUUCGUUGUUGCCAUUAAAAAUGCCAAAAUUGGUGGGUUAGACCAUGUUAUCAAUGCUUGUAUUUUGAUUUUCAUUUUCAGUGCCGCUAAUUCAGAUUUAUACAUUGGUUCAAGAACAUUAUAUGGGUUGGCAUGUAAUGGUAAAGCUCCAAAGAUUUUCGCCAAAACCAACAAGUAUGGUAUCCCAUUCUAUGCAUUAGGGUUAUGUACAGCAUUUUGUGGAUUGGCUUAUAUGUCAGUUUCAUCAUCAUCUCAAGAAGUGUUUGGUCAUUUUGUCAAUGUUGUUAGUAUCUUUGGGUUAUUGACUUGGAUUUCAAUCUUGAUUACUUAUAUUGGGUUCACUAGAGCAUUGAAAGCUCAGGGUGUUUCAAAGAGUACUUUAGCUUAUACUGCACCAAUGCAAUCUUGGGCACCAUAUUUGGCUUUGGCUUUAUGUAUUAUUGUUGCUUUCAUUAAGAACUUCACUGCAUUCUUGAAUGGGUUCCAUUAUAAGUCAUUUAUUACUGGAUAUAUUGGCCUACCAGUUUAUGCUAUUGCUUAUAUUGGUUACAAGAUUAUCAAGAAAUCUAAAAUGCAUAGACCUGAAGAUGUUGAUUUGUAUUCAUUAAAACAUUUUGUUGAUGAAGAAGAAGAGCAAGGUAAGAUUGAAGAUGCUGAAAGAAAAGAAAGAUUGAAAUAUGGUAAGAAGGAUGCUACUUGGUUUUAUGAAAAGUUUGUUGGUUGGUUAUUCUAGAGGAGAGAUUAUCUCUAUAUUGUACAUUUUAUUUGCAUUCUAGUUCAUUUUAUGAUUAAUUAAAAGUUGGGGUAUACACUUGUUUCAGUUUAUAGGUUUGGUUUUAUCUUUUUUUUUGUAUAUUUGAAUUUGAUAUUUAGUUCAUUUACAAAAAUUGAUGUAGUGAUUCUCAUUGGUUCGCUAGUAUACAAUGGUUCCUGCGUUUGACGGGCAACGUCACUAGUAGAUAACCCUCUCAAGCCAACUAGCUGAUGAAUAUCC